AUGGCACCGGGAAUUAUCAAUUCUCCCCCGAGGAGCGCAGACGUGGAAAUGGGCGCCGCUUCAAUUCUCGCUUCCAGAAAGCCAGUUUCUGGUACAGCUAGCAGCGCUAAUGAUAUCGCCACAAUUCUCGCCCCGCUAUACAAAGAAAGCAAUCUGGUCAAGAUUCUCAAUGCUGCGGAAAGGUACUUGGCUGAAAAUGAUCCCCCCAAACGCUUCCCCGAAACCGUGCCCCAAACCGGUCCACAAAAGGGAAUAUACCAGUCCAGGGACGCCGAAUUCUGGACAUGUGGAUUUUUUCCUGGAAACAUCUAUUGUGUCCUCGAGAGGCUCAGAAAAUAUCCGGGAUCGAGCGUGUCUAAAGCAUGCCUGCCAGGGGACGUUCCACGGGAUUUCCCACUCAGCCUUAUUGAGCACGUCACAGAUCUAUGUCAAAAGUGGUCUGCUCCGCUACAUGCUAUGUCGAAAAGAACAGACACUCAUGAUCUCGGAUUCAUUGUUCAGCCUGCCCUCCGACGGGACUGGGAACUCUUCGGAAAUAAACAAAGCCUAAUUUCGUUGCUCACUGCAGCCGAAAGUCUUGCCAGUCGAUAUGAUGAGCGCGUUGGGGCCAUUCGCAGCUGGGACAGUUUCAAAAAUGCGCACCACAACAUCACCAGUAUGGACGAGGAUUUCCUGGUCAUUAUUGAUAGUCUCUGCAAUCUCGACCUUUUAUUCUAUGCCGGAAACUACAAAAGGUCCCCUCGCCUGAUUGAGAUCGCAUCUAAGCACGCCGAAACCCUCCUAUCUACACACCUUCGAAUAGAGUCCGUCGAACCCGGAAAAAGAAUGUUCUCAACCUACCAUGCUGCGAAUCUCUCGCCGAGGGAUAAUGGGAAAGUGAAGAGAAAGCUCACAGCGCAAGGCUAUGACGAUAACUCAACCUGGGCACGCGGGCAAGCAUGGGCCAUUCUAGGGUACGCCCAAACUUUUGCUUGGACAAGGGACCCAAGCUUUUUGGAGGCUGCAUUAGGCUUGGCGGACUUCUUCAUCUACCGUUUGGAAUCGUCUCCGAACGUCGUCGAGGAGAAUGGUGUAGGGCGAUAUGUUCCUUUGGAGCUGGGGGGGGAUGAACUAGCAAAGCGGUACUUGGAUUAUUCCCUUGCCAUUGCCAAGGACACGGUUGCUCUGGCUUAUAAUAACGAUGAGAUGGGCAUGAGCUUUGACUCGGAGACAGGAAAGAUAAAUACCUACAGGAUGGGAACUGUCGAGGGGAGGUCCUUUGAUGCAAUAUUGGAAAGGUCAACAGCGAACUUUAAUCAGGAUCAUGCGGAUCGGACAUGGGACCACGGAUUGGUCUACGCAGAUUACUAUUUUUUGGAGCUGGGCAAUAGAUUUCUAGACAUGGGUCUUGUCUGA